AUGUUGAGAAAGAGUCUUUCUUUGUGCCUUCUUCCAAGUUGUUCCUCGUUAUUGAAGAUCAACCGCAAUGGCUGCACUGAAUUCUGGAAGAAGAAGAUGAAACACCCUAGUUCUCCUGGAUCAUCAUCUCGCUUCAUCAAAUCUAACAACAAUAUACUGUUCCAACAUGAUCCAUCAUCCUCUUCCUCCUUCUCAUCAUCAUUAUCAAUACACUUGAUCCGAUCCUUUCAUGAGAGUCUUGUUGUUGUCCGAGAAUCAACCGCAUCAACCUCGGAAACAUCUUUCACGAGAGACUCGAGGCUUUCCUCCUCUACAGACAUACCCUCCUCUUCACUCAACAACAACAACAUUGAGAAUUCAUCUUCUUCUAUCCAUCAUCAUCUCCGAUUUCAAGAGACAGAAUUGAAAUUCCGUAAUGCUCUCCUCUCUUCAGUCAUGGAACAGAGAAAUCGGGACAUUAAGUUUUAUUGGACAUUGUUUACCAUACUGGCAAGUGUGGGUUCUGUGGGUUUUGAAGUCUUGUUUCGUAUCUUGGAGAUGCCUUACAUGGGUGCCGUGUAUGCUGCCUCAUUGUUGGGUUAUGUCUUGUUUCAGAGAACAGUGGCCAUCUAUUCGAAAGGUUCUUGGCUUGCCAAAAGUGUUGGAGCUGUGGAAAUUUGUGAAGAAACAGAGACAUCACCUGAAAAGUUGAGAGUCUAUCGUAUGGUGAAAGAGAUUGCCGAUAGUAUUCAAUUGAAAAUGCCUUCCGUGUGUUAUAUUGAAUGUGAGGAACCAAAUGCAUUUGCAUGUGGAUAUAAUUUAGAUUGUGCUUGUGUGACAGUGACAAGUGGACUUGCAAAAUUGCUCAAUGAUAUGGAAUUGAAAAGUGUAUUGGCUCAUGAAAUUGGACAUGUCAUCAAUGGAGAUAUGAAAACUGGUACUUUGAUUUCUGCAAUGAUUGGUGCUUUUACAUUGGGUCACAAAUUUGCUCGUAAUAUUACAGCGAAAAACAACAGAAAUCAGACAAAUGCAAGCAAUAACAACAAUAGAUCACAAAACAAGAAUGUGGCACAGGCUGAAAAUUUGAUAUUAAUUUUAUCCCUGGCCACAUUACUUGCAGGAAGAAUUAUGGAGUUGGCCAUUUCAAGACAUAGAGAGUAUUCUGCUGAUGCAAUUGCUUCUGCAUUCACACAUCCAUACUACUUACGUGAUGCGCUUCAAAAAAUCAAUAACUAUCAUGCAAAUCCAAAGAAACAUACAAAACGUAUUCAUGAUGGUGGUGCUGAUGAGGAGUCCAAAACAACCCUUAAGGAAUUACCAAAAUAUGAAUCCAUGUCUCAUCUGUACAUUUAUAACGGACUUGAAUCACCUGGUUCAUGGAUAUCAACACAUCCCUCCACGGAGGACCGAUUAGCGAGCUUGGAAUCUGUUGCAAGUAUGAAUGUGGAGGAUUUCUACAAACUUACAAUGGGCUCGUCAGCCAUGAAAGAUCAACGAGCAAAGACAUCUCUUUUUAUUAUUAUUUCGGCUUAUUUGAUUAUCAUUGUGAGCAUUGUUGCCUAUAAUUUGGAAAUGUUGGCUCCUUAUGCAGAAGAAACCUUUUCACACAUUCGACGGGACAUGCUCAUGCUGUACAAGUUUGUGAAUGAAAAUAUCUUGCAAAAGAAAUAA